AUGGCUGAGAACGCAGAGAACACUCAAACUGCGAUCCUACAAGUCCUGCAACGUCUAGAGGAACGUUUAACGCGUUUAGAGGAGGCACCACGAAGAAUACAACCUGUUAGGUUCAAUAUGCGCCCCAAUAACGCAAAUCCUGAACCGGAUCCACCUGAUGCACAGCAAAGACCGAGGAGAAUGCAAAAUCCAAGAGCUCCUCUCAAAGAGGAUGAGGAUUCUGAUCAUUCUACUCAGAACCGACGGAGGAGGAAUGUUCAAGACCAAAGGUAUGUUGAUGAAAGUGAUGAGGAGGUUGUACCUAGGAGGCAACCACGAGUUCAAAGACACCAAGGUACAUAUUUGAAAUUCAAACCUCCUACUUUUGCUGGAAAAGUUAAUCCUGAAGCUUAUCUCGAUUGGGAGAGGCGGAUGGAAAAUAUUUUCGAUUGCUACACAUAUACCAAACAGAGGAAGGUUCAAUACGCGGCGGCUCAACUCACGGACAAUGCACUCACAUGGUGGGACCGAGAAACAGCCGAAAGAAGACGUUCUCACUAUGAUCCAAUAAUCUCCUGGAGAGAAAUGAAACAUCUCAUGAGAAAGAGAUAUGUUCCACCACAUUUCCAUCGGGAUUUACAUAGACGAUAUCGUAAGUUGGCGCAGGGUAACAGAUCGGUUGAAGACUACUUUGAGGAGUUUGAGCAUCUUCGGAAUCGAUUAGAGAUAGAAGAGGAUGAUGAGACUGUUUUGGCUCAAUUCCUAGAUGGACUACAAGAUUGCAUCGCAAGAAAGGUAGAACGUUUAGCUUACCAUGAUUUGCAGGAACUUAUCCAUGUAUCAAUCCAAAUCGAACAGCAAAUCACCAAGAAACAAUCCCGUUUGAGCCAAGCAAGAACGACAUCUUCGCACCAAUCGUACGCACACGGAGAGAAUAAGUCCGGGGCUACCCCAAUAGCCAAACCCCCUCACUCUGAGACAAAUGUCCAUGACAAAGGAAAGGGCAUAACAACGUCUUUGAAUGCAGACCCUAAAGGUAACAAAUCAACUCCCGUUGAAUUACGUUCACGUGAGAUUGUUUGCUACAAGUGUAGGGGACGAGGGCAUUAUGCAAGGGACUGUCCAAACAACCGUGUCAUGAUCCUUACGGAAACGGGAGGCUAUGAGUCAAUGGAUGAAGAUAACACAGAAAAUCUCAAGGAAGAGAUUGAGUAUCCGGAUAGCGGAGAACUUCUAGUCGCUAGACGCACUCUUAGCACGCUCGUAAGCAUGGAAGAAACCACACAAAGGGAGAACCUCUUUCACACCCGUUGUACCAUCAAGAACAAGGUAUGUGGUCUCAUCAUCGAUGGUGGUUCUUGUACCAAUGUUGCGAGUGUCUACUUGGUUGAGAAGCUAGGUCUUAAAACGGAGGAGCAUCCGCAACCCUACAAGCUUCAAUGGCUAAACAACCAAGGUGAGAUUGAUGUCAAAGAACGAAUCAAGAUACAAUUCAGCAUUGGAAGGUAUCAGGAUGAAGUGAUGUGUGACGUGAUACCUAUGCAAGCCGGACAUAUCCUUCUAGGACACCCAUGGCAAUUUGAUCGUGAGGUUCUGCAUGACGGUAAAACAAAUCACUACUCUUUUGUUUUCAACAAGCGUAAGUUAUCUCUAGCCCCUCUUAGUCAAUCACAAGUGCAUGAAAUGCAAAGUAAGAUGAAUAAUGAAACCAAAACGAGUAAGAACUUAAAUCUCUAUCUCGAGGGAAGUGAAGCUUGCAAAGCUUCAAUUGGUCAUAGGGCGGAGCUACUUAUGUUUUUCAAGGAUGUGUUGAUUGCAGAAUUAGGUACUCAAGAGCAUCCACCGAAGGCAUCAUACUUACAAGAGCAAUUCAAUGACUUGAUCACCAAAGGGACACUUAUUGGCUAUCCCUUAGAACAUGAGAUGAAACAUGACAUCGAUUUCGUUCUUGGAGAUUUAUUGUCCAACAAAUCUAAAGAGCUGCCACCCAUCGACAUCAAUUUUCGUAAGAGGCUCACAGACCAUUCCUUAAGAAGCAACAUCGGUAACAUCAAUCUUAUUUGUUAUGAAACCCAUCUUAUCUAUAGAGCUUUCUUGUAUGACCUCUGGAAACACUUCUCAAGCCUUGAGAAGUGCAUUUGUUACACUAACGAGAUUGUCUUCCAAGACUUUGAUGUGAAUUUGCAGGAAUCACUUAGCAAGGAUGAAGGGUACAAAACACUUGCAGGAAUUUGCAGGAAUCACUUGUUAGAUUGGUUGACACUUAGUACCAAAGAACGUGAACAUGUUUUGAGGUCAAAACAUUCUCAAGGAGGAGGGAAUGAUGAGAACAUCGAUUUGGAUAAGCUAAUCAAGGACCAAACUGAUGAACUAACUUCGGAGGAACAUCGAGGCCAUGGGAAGCACAAAGGAACAGAAGGGAAGAUCAAGCAAGGAGAGUGCAAUCUGAGUGCUCAUCACCCUAGAACACUUCCCCACUAUUUUCUCUUUGGAUUCAUUUGGAGGUUUGUUAAGGACUUUAGCACCAUAGCUGCACCACUUACAGAAGUUAUCAAGAAGAAUGUCGGGUUUAAAUGGGGAGAUGCACAAGAAGCUGCUUUUCAACUUCUGAAAGAAAAACUCACUAAUUCUCCACUCUUGUCUCUACCUGAUUUUUCUAAAGCUUUCGAGGUAGAAUGUGAUGCUUCUGGUGUAGGUAUUGGAGCUGUUUUGAUGCAGGAAGGAAAGCCAAUAGCUUAUUUCAGUGAGAAGCUAAGUGGAGCACAACUAAACUAUCCCACUUAUGACAAAGAGCUUUAUGCUUUGGUGAGGACGCUUCAAACAUGGCAGCACUAUCUUUGGUCGAAGGAAUUCAUCAUUCAUACCGAUCAUGAGGCUUUGAAACAUCUAAAAGGUCAGCAAAGGUUGAACAAACGACAUGCUAAAUGGGUUGAGUUCAUUGAAAUAUUUCCUUAUGUUAUUCGCUAUAAGCAAGGAAAAGAGAAUGUUGUGGCUGAUGCUUUAUCUCGUCGUCAUAACCUGCUUGUUUCUCUUGACUCGAAAUUGCUUGGCUUUGAGUUCAUUAAGGAAUUGUAUGCUUCUGAUCUCGAUUUUGGAGAUGUCUUUAAGGCAUGUGAGAAAUCUGCUUGUGGUGAAUAUUUCAUACAUGAUGGGUUUCUGUUCCGAAAGAACAAGUUGUGCAUUCCUCAUUGUUCUUUGCGUGAUUUGUUGGUUAGGGAAGCACAUAGUGGUGGUCUAAUGGGGCACUUCGGAGUGGCCAAAACCUUGACUGUUUUGCAGGAACAUUUCUAUUGGUCACACUUGAAACGAGAUGUCGAACAAAUCUGUGCAAGAUGCAUUGUUUGCAAGAAGUUGAAGUCUAGACUUCAACCACACGGUUUGUACUCUCCAUUGUCAAUUCCUAGUCAUCCCUGGACUGAUAUUUCUAUGGAUUUCGUGCUUGGUUUGCCUAGGACCAGAACUGGAAGGGAUUCAAUAUUUGUUGUGGUUGAUAGGUUUUCAAAGAUGGCUCAUUUCAUUUCAUGUCAUAAAACCGAUGAUGCAUCUCAUAUAGCUUCAUUGUUCUUCAAGGAUAUUGUACGUUUGCAUGGCAUGCCUAGGACUAUAGUUUCAGACCGUGAUGCGAAAUUCUUGAGUUACUUUUGGAAAACAUUGUGGUCUAAGCUAGGAACUAAGCUCUUGUUCUCAACUACAUGCCACCCGCAAACCGAUGGACAAACUGAAGUUGUUAAUCGUACAUUGUCUGCUUUGCUUCGUUCUCUUGUGACAAAGAACUUGAAAUCAUGGGAAGAUUGUUUGCCUCAUCUUGAGUUUGCAUAUAAUCGAUCUGUGCACUCGGCUACGAAAUUUUCUCCAUUUGAAAUCGUUUAUGGCUUUAAUCCUUUGACUCCUUUGGACUUGUCUCCUUUGCCAUUCGAUGAACAUUCUAACCUUGAUGGGAAGAGAAAAGCUGAGUUUGUGAAACAGAUUCAUGAAAAGACGAGGUUGCACAUUGAAGAAAAGACCCGACAAUACGCCAAGCAAGCAAACAAAGGGCGGAAAGAAGUUGUAUUCGAACCGGGAGACAUGGUUUGGGUGCACAUGCGCAAAGAGAGAUUUCCUAAUCAGAGGAAAUCAAAGUUGAUGCCCAGGGGAGUUGGCCCUUUCAAAGUUCUUAAAAAGAUUAACAACAACACUUACCAACUCGAGCUUCCGAGUGAGUUUAAUGUUAGUUCAACAUUCAAUGUUGCUGAUCUAUCUCCUUUUAUCGCAGACGAUUCAGAUUUGAGGACAAAUCUUUCUCAAGAAGAGGAGAAUGAUGUGGACAUCCAAGGCAACACCAUUGGAGUUGAACUCAUGCAAGGACGAGCUGCAUCGGAAGCUAGCUAA